AUGAAGUACUUACCGCUGCAAGACUUUGACGCCGUCACUGGCGCUCUCAACUUCAACACCCCCGAUUGCAACGUCACUGGCGGAUGUGAUCUGUACACGACAAAGUCGACCGGUUCCGAUAAGAAGUUGUACAAGAACAUCGACAAGGACCUGAGCUCACAACAUGCUGCGCUAUUGAAACUGGGCGCCAGCUUGUCCCCACCGGACCGCGAAGCCAUGCUGGCGACAUCCCCCAACAUGCAAAUGUUCUCGCACUCCAGUGCUUUUGGCCCCCUGUCAGAACUCGCAAGUCGCCGCACAUUUGCCUAUCUGAUUGCGACCCUGAACGCGAGUCAUCAACACUACGACUUCUCUCACGUCCUGAGACCGGGCGACUUCAAGAAGGAGCGGAAUCUGCGGCGGGUGAUGGGGAAUCUCGACUCGAUCCUGCAGAAUGUCAGACCGCAUGUCGAGGCUCGCCCAAUCGAGCAGGCCACGUCUUCUGAGACCAAGCCGGUGUGGGGUCCACAUUGUUGGUCCAAGAUUGAUAAGGAGAUGCGCCUAAACGAGUGCACCGUAUUCAGCUACAACCCAGACGUGGACCCCUUUGAGGAGGAUGAGUCUGCGAUUUGGGCCGCUCAUUACUUCUUCUUCAACCGUGCUCUGAAGCGAGUCGCCUAUCUCUACGUACGCGUUGUGCCCGUCGUUUCCUCGCAAUCACCACGCUUGCAGCCGGCGCUUCCCGGCUCUGUAAAGCGCGCGCGGGGGGCCCAAUUUGAUGCACUGGAUGCCAACAAGCGCGCAAAGUACUGGCUCGGCGACCGCGACGCCCAGCUCGUGGCGCCUGACGAAGACGACGAACAAAGCGACGGCUUCCUCUGGAAUCGGGGUGCCGAUGGCGACCUGGUCCCGUUUUCCGACGACGACUACACCGAGGAGCGUUUCUUCUACGACGAAGAGGAAGACGACGAGACCGAUUCCGACCCGAAGAGUCCGGUACGGCGCAUGAGCGAGGACGUCGUGGCCCACAUGGAGAUCUAA